AGGGAUGGCGGCUGCAGGGACGUUGGCGAUAAUACUCUUCCAGGGCUACUGCUCGUAUGCCGUAGGGCUGUUAGACAAUGGACGACUAAAGGAGAUGUUCGGCUGGAAACUGCUAGACUUUCAAUUUCCGGACCUGAACACCAAACACCGGCCAUCGAAAGCGGCGCGUACGUGCAGGCAAACAACAUGCCGGUGGGUUUGGACGUGUGGAACGACAAGCUGUUCAUCACAGUGCCACGGUGGAAGACCGGCGUGUGGUCGACGCUCAACUACGUGUCCCUUGGAAAGACCAACGAACCGGCGGACCCGUCACCGGAGCUGAUACCAUAUCCGAGCUACAAGCAGAACUGUUUGGGGUCAGCGUCGGCUGAUCGGAUGGUGUCCGUGUUCCGCGUGAGCGUGGACGCGUGCGACCGGUUGUGGGCGGUGGACACGGGCGUGGAAGACGCGUGGGGCCGGGCCGAUCAGCUGCAGGCGCCUAAGCUAAUGGUGUUCGACCUGCGCACGGACACGCUGAUCAGGCAACACACGUUUGGGGCGGGCGACGUGAAGCCCGACUCGUUCUUGGCCAACGUUGUGGCGGACGCGAGCCCGGACGCGUGCGGCGACGCGCACGCGUACGUGCCGGACCUCGGCGGCAGCGGGCUGCUGGUGUACAGCCUCGCGACCGACGCGUCAUGGCGAGUCGAGCACCACUAUUUCCACUUCGACCCGCUGGCCGGCAACUACCGCGUGGCCGGCCACGAGUUCCAGUGGACCGAUGGCGUGGUGGGCGUGGCGCUGUCGCCGCGCGCCCCGGAUGGCUCGCGUACGCUGUACUUCCACCCGCUGUCCAGCACCACGGAGUUCGCGGUGUCCACGCGCGUCCUGCAGAACGCCACCGCAGCGUCGGACAGCUACCAUGCGUACAGGGCGCUGGGCACGCGCGGACCCGGCACGCAGGCCAGCGGGUCGGCGCUGGACGAGGGCACCGGAGUGCUGUUUUACACGCAGGUCAACCGGGAUGGAGUGGGCUGCUGGAACUCGGUGACCGAUGCGGACGAUUACUCGCCGGACACCAACACGCUGGUGGCGCAAGACCGACGGACACUCGAGUUCCCCAACGACGUCAAGGUCGAUCGCGCGGCAACGCUUUGGGUGCUCUCCGACCGGCUGUCCACGUUCCUGUAUGACGGUCUCGACCCCAACGACGUCAACUUCAGGGUAUUCAGC